CCCGGCACUUUCCUUUCCCUUACAGGGGAUGAUAAAGAAGAAAGAGUUGAUAAAAUCCAAUCGAAUUGGAGUGGAUUAUUUGAUAUCGGUAGAGAGAAAAAAAAAAUGGGAAACACAGAGAAGCUGUUGAAUCAGAUCAUGGACUUGAAAUUCACAUCGAAAUCGCUGCAAAGGCAGUCAAGGAAGUGCGAGAAGGAAGAGAAAGCGGAGAAAUUGAAAGUGAAGAAGGCGAUCGAGAAAGGAAACAUGGACGGUGCUCGGAUCUAUGCUGAGAACGCCAUUCGUAAGAGGACUGAACAGAUGAAUUACUUGAGGCUCUCCUCCAGGCUCGAUGCCGUUGUCGCUAGGCUUGAUACUCAGGCUAAGAUGACCACCAUUAACAAGUCCAUGGGUUCUAUUGUUAAGUCCCUCGAGUCGACUCUCGCUACUGGUAAUUUGCAGAAGAUGUCGGAGACAAUGGAUCAGUUUGAGAAGCAGUUUGUGAAUAUGGAGGUGCAGGCAGAGUUCAUGGAGAGUUCUAUGGCUGGGUCUACCUCCCUUUCCACACCUGAGGGUGAGGUCAACAGCUUGAUGCAGCAGGUAGCUGAUGACUAUGGAUUGGAGGUCUCUGUUGGGCUGCCACAGCCUGCUGCUCAUGCAGUGGCAACCAGUUCGCAGGAGAAGGUGGGUGAGGAUGAUUUAUCAAGGCGACUUGCAGAGCUUAAGGCCAAAGGGUAAAUUAUGUGUUAGGAUCUGAUGAUCUCAUGCGAAUGUUCUAUAUCGUUAUACAUCUAUCUAUAUGGUGUUUUUACUGUGCCUCAUUCCAAAAACAUAUCUUGUAAACUUGGCUUAAUUGGGAUGAUAGUAUUUGUUGACUCUUUUGUGUGUUGAAUACGAAUGGCCUAUGCACUUGUUGAGUUGCAUAACUUAUUGACCAGCAAA